AUGGCCGCGCCGCCCCUGCGCGAGGGCUCGCUGGUCGCCGUCGGCGAGCUGCGCGGGCGGGCGGCGCGGAGAGCGGCCACGGGGGAGGCGUGCGACGUGAGCGGCAGCUCCGGCCAGAUCCUGGAGCUGGAUGGCGGCGGCGAGGAGUGCCUCCUCCUCACCUUCGAGGGCGUGCAAGCCAGGGUCGGCACGGCCGGCCUCUCGAGCCUCCGCCCCGAGGCCCUGCGCGGCGCGGACUUCGUCGUGGGGCCGCGCUGCGACCUGGGGGUGUUUGGCCAGGGGGCCAUCGACGAGCUCGUCUCGAAAGGGUACGUGGUGACCCGGCUGCUGGCCGACGAGGCCGACGUCUCGAAGAUCCACGCCGUCACCGGGCAGAUCAGCUUCGACCGCGUUCCGAGCGAGAUCGAGCCGCACUACCUCGGAAGGGACAGCAGAGAGAAGACGGCCCUCCUGGAUCUCCGCUCGCCGGCCGGCGUCCCAGAGGCCGUCGCCUCCGCCCUGGCUGCCGCGGAGGCCCGCUUCGACGAGCUGCUUGAGCUGUUGGCCCCGCUGCUCGACGAGCAUCUGGGCAUCCGCGUGGCCUCCCGCAGCGAGCUGCUGGUGAGGCAGACGUUCGUGGACGCGGAGGAGGAGGCGCGGUACCCCAGCCGUGCGGAGCUGAACGGCGAGGAGCGCGUGUACUUCAGGACCCUCCUGAAGCGCAGGCGCGUCUGCCUGCUGCACUUCCUGGGCCCGGCGGCGGGCUCGCUGACGCUGAUCCCCAGGGACGCUGGCGGCGCAGGGGAGCUGGAGAUACAGGCCUUGCCGGGGACCAUGGUGAUGUUCCUCACCGAGAUGUUCCGGUACAGCUACGCGUGCCCUGCUGGGCCCUCUCUCGCGCUGCAGACGUGGCUGUUGUCGCGUCCGCCGGAGUUUGAGCUAGGCGACAUUGGCGGUGACCUCGAGGUGCUUGCGGCCAGCACGCGCGGUCCGAGAGGCCCCCAGGGGGUGUCCGUGGCAGUGAACGGCAUCUCCACUUGCCUCGGUGGGGACUCCAAGGACUACCUGUGCUAUUGGCUGAUGUUUGCGAAAGCUGGGGCAGACACGUUUGUUGAGAUCCCACUGACACGAUGGGACCACGAGGUGUAUUGUUCCGCGACAGACGUUCACACCGCCCAGGUGACCGGCACAUCGUACACCAAGCACCAGGGCUACGUGGACGGCAUUGAGCUCUUCGACUCCUCUUUCUUUGGGAUUUCCGUCCGGGAGGCCUCGGGGAUGGACCCUAACCAGCGCAAGAUCCUAGAAGUCGUGUACGAGGCCCUCAACAUGGGGGGCUACGACAUGACAGCGCUGCAGCGGACCCCAGCUCACAUCGGAUGUUUCGUCGGCACUAGUGGUACCGAGUGGAACAUGACGGAGCGCCCGCAGGACACUGCCGGCCUCGGCACGCACGAGGCGAUCAUGUCCAACCGCUGCAACUUCCUCAUGAAUUUGAAGGGGUCGAGCCAGACCAUCAACACUGCCUGCUCUGCGGGGUUGGUCGCCAUGCACACUGCAAAAUUGCAUUUGAUGUACCGCGACUUCGAUCCCCUGGCUGCCGUGGUCGCCGCGGGCGUCAACCUGGCGUACAGCCCCGUGAGCUUCAUCAGCGCCUCCAGCGGCGCAAUGCUCUCAUACAAAGGUCGCUCCUUCACUUUCGACGUGGGCGCCGAUGGAUACGGCCGCGGCGAGGGUGCCUCCAGCGUCCUCAUGGACAUCGCGGAACUCUCGCCGAGUGUUUUCGCGCUCGCAGCCGGCAGCCAGAGCAACCAGGACGGCCGGAGUGCCAGCAUCACCGCGCCCAACGGACCCUCGCAGGAGCAGUGCAUCCGGGCAGCGCUGCGCGAGGCGUCCCUGGGCCCCGCGGAGGUGGACUGCUUCGAGUGCCACGGCACGGGCACCGCGCUCGGCGACCCCAUCGAGGUGGGCGCCCAAAGGAGGAUCUGCGGCAGCGAGGCGGGCCGUCGCGCCCUGGCCUGCACGUCCUCCAAGACGAACCUCGGGCACCUGGAGGGAGGCGCGGGCAUGGCGGGGUUCGUGAAGUGCUGCAUGCAGGUCAUGAGGGCCGAGUGUGGCCCGAACAUCCACUUCCGGGAGGGCAACCCGCACCUGAACGUGGAGGGCUUCCCCUGCCGCUUCGUCUCGGAGUGCCUCACGUUCGCGCACGACAGCUCCUACACCGGGGUCAGCUCCUUCGGCUUCGGCGGCACGAACGCCCACGCCCUGGCGUACGGGAGGAACUCGGCGACCUCGCGCGGCAUCGGGCAGCGGAGCCUCCGACGCGUGGUGAUGGACAGGAUCCGACGAGCGCCACCGCCCGACGUCGCGAUGCUGGGGAGCGACCCAGAGCAGUGGGAGUCGAACGGCAUGCCCGCCAGCGAGGGCCAGAUCGGGAGGGUGUUCCGAGUGGAGCUGCUGGAGGACGGCUCCGUGGUGUGGCGCGAAGCGGCAGAGCGCGCACGGGCUCUGGCGGGCAGCACGUUCCACCUCACGGGCUCGUUCAACCAAUGGGGCCUUAGCAUGAUGCAGCCGAGCAGCGGCAUCCCAAACCUGCACGUGGGAGAGGUCUGCGUGCCUCCCGAGGGCGAGGUCCUCUUCCGCGUGGUUGCGGACGGCGACCCCCUUGCGGCCUACUGCCCGCCGUGGCCGCGGUGCACCCGGAAGGCGGCGCCCGUGGUCGGCCCUGGGCCGCCGCCGCCGGAGCUGCACCGCGAGGCCGCGUGGCUCAUCGAGGGCCGCCCGGGCCAGAGGUUCAGGGUGGAGUUCCACUGCUCCGACGAGUCGACCUCCGUCCUGUGGCUGCGGGCGGGGGAUGCGGUGUCCAGUUGA